GACACUCCCCGCGAGGAUGGAGGCCGCGGGGCCGCCCCGCGCCGGUGGCCGCUGCUGCCCGCGCGCCCUGGCCAAGCUCCUGCCGCGCCUCUGUUUCCUCUGCUCGCUGGUCACCUACGCGCUGCUGGGCGCGCUGCUCUUCUCGCUCAUCGAGGGCGGCCAGGACCUGUCGGCCAAGGACCCCGAGUUCGAGGAAUUCCUGCGGGCGCUCCGCCGCCUCCUGAGAUGCAACGGAACGGUUGAGGACGAGGACGGCUGGAAGCAGGAGCUGGGGAAUCUGUUGAAGACGGUGAGGCCGGGCUGGUUCAGCCAGGCGGGCGACUGGUCUUUCCUGAGCUCGCUGUUUUUCUGCUGCACUGUGUUCAGCACCGUAGGUUACGGCCACCUGUACCCGGUCACGCGGCCCGGCAAAUACCUGUGCAUGUUCUACGCUCUCUUCGGCAUCCCGCUCAUGUUCCUGGUCCUCACAGACACCGGCGACAUCCUGGCCACCGUCCUGUCCAGGGCUUACCACCACUUCCGCCAGCUGACCGCCCACCCUCUGGGCCUGGCCUGGCGGUGGUGCUCCCGCCUGCUGGGCCGGAACGGGCGCGAGACGGAGCCCCGGGAGACCACGCUCCCCAGGAUCCUUGUCCACGAUCAGGAGUCCCCGAGCUCCCGAGCCAGGCAGGACCCCCGGACGCCCAGCAACAACCUGGAGCUGUUCGAGCGGCUUCUGGUGCGGGAGCAGCAAAGCGCGCUGCCCCUGCCCGCGCGGGUCGUGGAGCGGAGCUCCUCGUGUCCCCAGCUGGCAUCCGGGCCGCUCUCCCAGUCCGUCCUCAGCAACCUGGACCAGGUGGGCCGGCAGGUGGAGCGGCUGGACAUACCGCUGGCCGUCAUCGUGCUAGUGGUGUUCGCCUACAUCUCCUGCGCUGCCGCCCUGCUGCCCAUCUGGGAGAAGGAGCUAGACUUCGAGGACGCCUUCUACUUCUGCUUCGUCACGCUGACCACCAUCGGGUUUGGGGACAUCGCCCUGCAGCACCCCCACUUCUUCAUGUUCUUCUCCAUCUACAUCAUCGUCGGCAUGGAGAUCGUCUGCAUCGCCUUCAAGCUGCUGCAGGCCCGGCUGCUCCAUGUCUACAAGCUCUCCAUGCUCUUCUUCGCCAAGGUCUUACCCGCCGUGGUCAAAAGAUGA